GAUAAUGCUUGCUGUAUCAUCAGUUUGCCUGUUUGCUCGCCGCAAGCUUGCUGUAGUAAAUGAGUAGAUAGACUGGUGCCCUGUGUGUGGGGGAGGAUUGCUGGCGAGAUAAACAAGCAGAGCCAGUCAUCACCAGGCAUCAGGCAGUAGGAACAUGGCGGCGGCACAGUUAGCAAUAGUGCUGUUUCACAAAUCCGAAGGUCAGAGCCGGACGUAACACACUGGAUUUAUGAGAAUACAAGUCACAGAAGCAAGAGUUUGACUCAACCGAGAAGUAUCAGGUCAACCUCAUCAAUGGAUAUGUCAAGUGUACAAUGCAUAGGAGCUGCAAAAAGCACAGAUGGCCAAAGAACAAAGAAGAAUGGGUAGAAAAUGGAGCACAUUGGAUUUAAUUCUCCCGAGUAUGUAGAGGAAUGUUUUUGAACAGCAGAGUGAAGUGGAUGAUGCCUAAAGAGAGCCAUGUAUUCCCCUGCAGCCGAAAUGCCUUAGGGGUGUUUUUGGACUAACGCCACGUUGCUGAUAUGCGUUGAAAAUGAGUGGUGUGGGUGAAAAUACCUCUGACCCUGCUAGGGCAGAGUCUCGGAAGCGCAAAGAAUGUUCCUCCGACCUGCUGGGACCCAGCCCGAAACGAAGCACUGAAAAACGAAACCGCGAGCACGAAAAUAAAUACAUUGAAGAACUUGCUGAGUUGAUCUUUGCAAACUUCAACGAUAUUGACAACUUCAAUGUCAAGCCUGACAAAUGUGCAAUCUUAAAAGAAACUGUGAAACAGAUUCGUCAAAUAAAAGAGCAAGAAAAAGCUGCUGCAGCCAAUGAGGAGGAGGUGCAGAAGGCUGACGUCUCGUCAACAGGCCAAAGCGUUAUUGACAAAGAUGCCCUUGGACCCAUGAUGCUUGAGGCCUUGGACGGAUUCUUCUUCGUGGUGAACAUGGAGGGGAACAUCGUCUUUGUGUCGGAGAAUGUCACGCAGUACCUGCGAUACAACCAGGAGGAGCUGAUGAACACCAGCGUGUACAGCGUCCUGCACGUGGGAGACCACGCCGAGUUCAUCAAGAACCUGCUGCCCAAGUCACUGGUGAACGGGGUGCCCUGGUCCAGCGAGAACCCGCGGCGGAACAGCCACACGUUCAACUGCCGCAUGCUGGUGAACCCUCGCAGCGAGCUGGAGGAGGAGGCCCUCGACCACGAGGCCCAGCAGAAGUACGAGACCAUGCAGUGCUUCGCGGUGUCAGAGCCAAAGUCCAUCAAGGAAGAGGGAGAAGAUUUCCAGUCCUGUUUGAUCUGCGUGGCACGGAGAGUCCCCAUGAAAGAAAGGCCUAUGCUCCCAGCCCACGAGAGCUUUACCACCAGACAGGAUCUACAAGGUAAGAUCACCUCGCUGGACACCAGCCUUCUACGAGCCUCCAUGAAGCCGGGCUGGGAGGACCUGGUUCGGAGAUGCAUCCAGAGGUUCCACCUCCAGAACGACGGGGAGAUGUCCUUUGCAAAGAGGCAUCAGCAGGAAGUUCUGCGGCAGGGCCAAGCCUUCAGCCCCAUCUACCGCUUCUCCCUCUCUGACGGCACCAUCGUGUCGGCCCACACCAAGAGCAAGCUGGUGCGGUCCCAGGCUACCAACGAGCCACAGCUGUACAUGUCCCUGCACAUCCUGCAGAGGGAGCAGACAGUUGGCGGGAUGAACCAGGAAAUGGCAGGGCAGACGAUGGGAAAGCCACUGAACGCGGUCAUGCCGAUGACCCCGCCCACGCAGGCCGCCAUGUCCGUGGGGGUACAGGGCCAGGACACGACCAUCAGCAGCAACACCAGCUUCCCUGCCACGGCGGGCCCCAAGGAGCCGCCGGCGGGGGUGGGCCAGGCGCAGGGCUACAGGUUUGGGUGCCAGGGGCCCAUGAACCACGGCCCCGGCAUGCAGCCGGCCACUCCUCAGGGUAGCAACUAUGCACUGAAAAUGAGCAGUCCCUCUCAGAGCAGCGCCAUGCUGUCGCCACGGCACCGCGUGAGCCCUGGCAUGGCGGGUAGCCCACGCGUGGCCCCCGCCCAGUUCUCCCCGGCGGGCGGCGUGUGUGGCAGCACAGGAAACAGCCAUAGCUACACCAGCAGCUCGCUCAACGCGCUUCAGGCCCUCAGCGAGUGCCACGGGGUCACCCUGGGACAGUCCCUGGGCUCUCCCGACAGGAAGAUGGGCUCUCCUGGGAACAUGGCGGUCAAUGCGCCCCACCCCAUGACCAAGAUGAACAACUCGGACUUCAAGGAAUCCCUGGGGCCCUACGGGGACCAGGCAGCCCCCGACCCGGCCCAGGACGAGGUCUGCGGGGAGCAGAAGGAGGACAAGGAGAACAGCCUGGGCCAGUUCAGUGGGGGAGAGGGCGGUGAGGCCCAGAGCCGUCUCCACGACAGCAAGGGCCACGCCACCAAGCUCCUGCAGCUGCUCACCACCAAGUCUGAGCAGAUGGACCCGUCCUCGCCCACAGCCGACCCCGGGUGCAAGGACCCGACAGGGGCGGGUGGGGCGGCACCCAACCAGGGCCCCGGGACAGCCGGGAGCCACGCCACGUCGCUGAAAGAGAAGCAUAAGAUCUUGCACAGACUGCUCCAGAACAGCACCUCCCCGGUGGACUUGGCCAAGCUGACCGCCGAAGCCACAGGGAAGGACCUGUCCCAGGACGCGGCAGGCGGCAUCACUGCAGUCGCGGAGCUGGCCGCCAAACAGGAGCCCACCAGCCCCAAAAAGAAGGACAAUGCCCUGCUUCGCUAUCUCCUUGACAAGGAUGAUACCAGCUUGCAGGACAAAGGCAUUAAAAUGGAGCCUGUAGAAACCAAGAUUGACGGCUCAAAGUUGGCCACGGUGAAGACUGAGAAGCAGGACAGCGGCUAUGACAGAUCAGAGCAGUCGAGCGAGCUGGAUGACAUCCUGGACGACCUGCAGAACAGCCAGCCCCAGCUCUUCUCUCAGACACGGCCUGUGUCGCUACCGGCCGCCGUGGACAAGCAGUCCAUCAUCAACGACAUUCUGCAGAUGACGGGCGAGGGCGGGGCCACCGCUGCCUCCAUGGUCCAGCAGAAGGGCUUUCCUGGCAUGGGCCCAGGCAGCUUCAGCGGGCCGAGGCCAGGCCAGCCCAGAGGGCCUCCGGUGAGGAGUGUUUCCCUGGACAUGAACAUGUCAUCCCAGGCCGCCCCCGGAACCUUCCCUCCCUUGAGGAACAACAGCCCCUACUCUGUCAUGCAACAGCAAGGCAUGAUGGGAAACCACAGCAUGAUGGCCAACCAGCCCAACCUCGUCAGCGCAGGCAUGCGGGCAGGUAGCGGCCCCCGGCCAGAAGCCUGGGCCUCCCACGCCAACCAGCCUCUGCAGCAGGGAGUGGGGCCUGGGCGCAUGGGGCCCUCGGCGGCCCCAGGAGGCCCCGCCAGGCCCCCCGGUCAGCAGGGACCCAGGCAGAUGCUGCCCGCACAGAUGAUGGGAAGUGCAGCGCAGUCUGACAUGGACCUGGGCAUCGCGGGCCCCCAGUUCUCCCAGCAGCAGGCGCCGCCCAAUCAGACAGCUCCGUGGCCCGACAGCAUGAUGCCCAUCGAGCAGGGUCCCUUCAGCAACCAGAACAGGGCCGCCUACAGCAACCCCCAGGAGGAGGCGCUGUGUCCGCCCCCGGCCACAGACAGUCCCGCUGACGAGGGGACUCUGCUGAACCAGCUCUACACCGUCCUCAAGGACUUCGACGGACUGGAGGAGAUAGACCGGGCCCUGGGUAUCCCAGCGUUGGUCGGUCAGGUCCAGCCUGUGGAGCAGGACCAGUUCCCCAGCCAGGACCCCGGCAUGAUGCUGGAGCAGAAGCCCCCCAUGUACGGGCAGCAGUACGCUCCCCCGGCCCACAUGGCGCAGGGCAGCUACGCCCCCAUGCAGGACCCCAGCUUUCACGCCAUGGCGUCUCAGAUGGGCCAGCGGCCCGGCUACCCCAUGCUGAGGCUACAGCCCCGUCCUGGGCUCAGACCCGCCGGUGUGGUGCCCACCCAGCCCAACACGCUGCGCCUGCAGCUGCAGCACCGGCUCCAAGCACAGCAGAACCGUCAGCCCAUGAUGAACCAGAUCAGCGGAGUGUCUAAUCUGAACCUACCUCUAAGACCCAACGUACCCACGCAGGGAACCAUAAACGCUCAGAUGAUGGCGCAGCGGCAGAGGGAGUUCCUGACUAACCACCUCAGGCAGAAGCAGCUGGAGCAGCAGCGGCAGCAGCAGCGGAGCCUGCUCAUGCGCACUCAGGGCCUCAGCCUCCCGCCCAACAUGGCCCCCGCCGCCCCCUCCGGCAUGCCGGGCGCCAUGAGCAACCCGCGGAUCCCCCAGGCCAACCCCCAGCAGUUCCCCUACCCGCCCAACUACGGUACCGGCCUCGCGUCCCCUCCGCCCUCCACCAGCCCCUUCUCCCCUGUGUCCCCCAGCCUCCCCGGGUCACAGCUCCACUCCCACUCCUCCUUGCAUGGCUCCCAGAUGAGUCUGACUAACCAGGGAAUGAUGGGAAAUAUGGGCACGCAGUUUGGGCCUGUAAUGAGUCCCCAAGUGCAACACAGUGCCUUCCAGUUUCCCAGCUCAGGUAUGAAUCAGCAGCCUGAUGCAGGGUUUGGAGGAGCCACCACUCCCCAGAGUCCCCUGAUGUCCCCCAGGAUGGGUCACGCCCAAAGCCCCAUGAUCCAGCAGCCGCAGGCUAACGCUAACUUCCAGUCCUCAUCUGACAUGAACGGCUGGCCGCAAGGAAAUAUGAGUGGAACCAUGAGCACGAACAUGAGUGGGAACAUGAGUACAAACAUGACCGGGAAUAUGAGUAACAGCAUGUUCACGCAACAGUCGCCGCCUCAGUUUGCUCAGCAGCCCAACGCCAGCAACAUGUACAACAGCAACGGCAUGAGCAUCAACGUGUCCAUGGCCGCCAACUCCAGCAGCAUGAACAAUAUGAACCAGAUGUCCGGGCAGAUGAGUGUGACCUCAAUGACCUCUGUGCCUACAUCAGGGCUGUCCUCCAUGGGCCCUGAGCAGAAGUAUUGUUGACUGGGGUCACUGGUGGAACAUCUAUAACACAGAGCAGGAGGUCUGUGUCCAUCUGACAGAAACUCAAAUCUACAGUCUACAGUUGGAGGAGACCAGCUCCAAACCACAUCUCCAAACCUCCAGGGCCUCCUCUCCCAGGAGACCACUGGGGGCUGAUGCCAAGAGUCCUCUACCGCAGGAGAGCCCCACACCCCUGCUCUCACCUUCACAUCCCCAAAAACCAGACAGUCUGUUAAUCGCAUUCACCGUAGUGUGACUUAGGAUUGCCCCUGAAUGACAGAAACUUAGUAGUGGCACUGGGACCCUCGUCAAAUGAAUGUAUUCCUUUCUGGGGACGAUGGCCACAUGCUCAAUCUCAUCUGAAAAUCUGACAGUUCCUGCUUUUAUCCUGUUUUCUCUGUUUCAUAUUUGGUGUGAAGAUGAGAAAUACAUUUGAAUCCUUUGACAGUGUUCCAAAUUUGAUCAAUUUUCUUUUUUUUUCCUUUUGUGUGAAAAUAAGAUAUUAGAAUGAAGUUGAAAUGGUGUCUAAAUUAAUCACGAGAGAAACGUGAAUGGUUUGAAAAGCGUACAGAAAUUUGUAAAAAUGUUCUAAUGGUUUAUAUUAUAAGACUAAAGUAGUCUAAAGAGAGGCUUAUAGUGUAUUAAAUUAAGUUUUAUUCUUAUGUAUAGUUUUCUCUUCAUUUUUUUUAAACCAAUACUUUAUGAAAUUGUCACUGGUGAAAAAAAACAGUAAGAAUUGGCAGGGGUGCUCAAGAAAGUACUGUUAUGUUUUUAACCCCAAAAGCAUUCUAUUGGAAACGUGCUGAUAUUGUAAUGAAAUGGAAAUAGAUUUUUGUUCUCUCUCUUUUUUGGUCCAGUAGAUUCAGAAAGGUUUUAAACGUAUCUUAUGGUUAGAAACAUGGAAUAUUGAUAGCCUGUACAUACCAAUUAAUUUCUUCUUCUUUUUUUGUCCCCCCCCCACCUCCUUCCCCUGGUCUGGUCUUAAACUGGUUCUGAAAUAAGAAUGGUGUUUCACAAGUUGGAGAUGAUAAGAGACAGAACUCUCGUGGUUGCUUCUGUUUCUGAUGGUACUUGUGGGUGGGUGGGUUUGAGGGGUGAAGAUUUAUUCACAAGAGACUAUUUUUAUUGGGGAAGGGGUAUGCAGUGUACACAGUGUAUAGAUUAUCGCUUGCUUCUAAGCCUUUAGCAUAGAAACCAUGAAAGAAAGGAAAAACACAACACAGCCAUAACCCAAUACUGAAGUGUGCUUUUUUGUCAUUUGGAGUGAAGUGCUAGAUACAAGCUGCUAGGUACAAACUGUUCUGGUGUGUGUAACCAAGCAAUAACUAUUACUUGAGAAUCUUUUGUUUUAUAAUUUUUGUACAGUUUUCUGGAGGUGCAUUUUGCUCCUUUGUUUGAUUCAGUAUUAAAACUCUUGACACUUUUUUAUUGCAGUUUGUAUUAAAAAAGUCCAAAUCGACACGUACCUCUGUCAUUACAAGCAGCAUGGCCAACUUCUGGGUAUUACCGGUAUUUUGUAGUCGAGACGUUUGCCCUACCAUGCUCAGUCUUAACUCGAGCCCUGAAUCCCUGAGCAGUUGAGUCUCCCAUGAGAGACUGCAUUUCCCAGAGCUGCCUCAAUGGGCCAUUCAUCACAUGGUAAGACCUGAAAAGGUCAUACUCAUUUCAUCUCAGCCUGCCGCUCCUUCCUGUUGGUGUACCCACUUCCUUUGUCACAGUGCAGUGCCAGCAGUUCCCCCAAAGAUGUUCUGACAAGCCAGCCAAAUUUCUCGCCCUUUUAUUUGAAUAAAUCAAAAUCAGGCAAAAUCGCUUUGCCCGAGUUUUCAGGCUUUCCUGCCCUGUCAUGGCUGAUAUGAAGGAUCCUCACUAUAUAUAUUUAUUUUGUUGCCAGGUAAGAUAUUCAGCCCAACACUUUCUAUAUGCUCUGCCUGUGAAAAUCAUGCUUCAUUGUGUUUUUGGGUUUUUUUUUUUUUGGUUUUUUUUUCUUCUUUUCUGUCUUAACUACAGUGGCAAAAUGUUGAUGGAUUAUUGCAACAGUCCCUGUGGUCAUGAACGAAUGGAUGAGGUGAGGUGAAUGUGGAGGCUUGCCCAACACAUUCGGUUAUUUGCUGGAGAUACUGUGAUUGUCAGAAUUUACCUGAUCAGUAGGUAUAGCUUUAGCCACCCUUUAUGAAAACUGUAAAUUCUGUUUCCCCUGCAUAUCGAGGGUGUAACAGUGUUGUUUGCAAUGUUCGGUCCAUACACUGGCUUUCAUCACCUCCCUUCACUUCAGAAAAAUGUGGUUCUUUGAGCGGUGAAGCUUAUUGGCUGUUGUUAAAAUUGACACUACUCACAAUCUUCAAAGCUUAGGUUGUCACAUGGAAUUUCAUGAGUGGUUAACAUUUCCCACAAGUAUCAAGUUUUAUCUUGCAAAACUAUAAUUGGUGAUAUUUUGUCAUGCAAUUGAUUAAUUACCAUCUUUUUAUUAUUAACUUUGGUUGGUCUGAAUACAUAUGUAAAAAUGAAUGAAUCACAUCUUGGAACAGCCAAUUUAAGCAAAGUGAGUUUAACACUCCCCUUGCAAUAUCCAAAGAAUCAGUUUUAAGACUAACAUAAGCCAUGACAUGCUGAUGUGGUUCAAUUACCUUUUCUAGUGUUUGUACCUGGGCAAUUGUGACUGAGAGAAAAAAAAACUGCCUACAACAACAACAAAAAAUAUCACACAGGCUUUGAUUAAAAUCAACAAAUUUUGUCUCUACUUUGGGUUUUUUUUUUGGAAAUUUUCAAAUUUCUUUCUUUUGUAUAGUCUGCCAAUUUCUUAGAGCUAAAUGCAAGAACCUUGAAAUGCUGAAAACUAGCAUAAUGCCUUAGAUCUGAUUUCCUGUCUUGUAUAUUACUAUAAAGUCGUCAGUUGUAUUAUAUUUGUAUAGUGAAUUGCGUACAAUACCGAAUGAGUGCAUCAUCACUCAAACUUGUAUUUGUUGCUGGAUACAGACUUAAGGGCCCUCUCUUUGGUAAAUUCAGCUCCUUAUCACAGCUCAUUCUCCAUGUAUUAUUUGUGAUCAGUUGUGGGUUAUAUUAUUUGUACAAUUGUUUCUCAUUUACUGUUUGUGAGGUUUGUAUGAAAAAGAUGAUGCAAUGGUAAAUCUAAGCAAUAUGUAAAAUAUCUGGACUUUCUGGAGAAAGCUUACAGUGUUUGCAGGCUCUGAGAUGUAUUUUUCCAGCUGUGUUGUUCACAUUAAACAUCACCUUGUUCACCUGCAUUGAUGUUUGUAAUCUUAGUGUGAGCAUUUUAUGCAAAGUUAGAUCUACUGAGAGAAAUUUAAACACAUUUAUGCAAGUUGUUGACUAAUAUUGCUUUGCUGAUGCUAUUUGCUAUUUGAUGUUAAAUAAUACCAUUGUAAAUAAAGAAUUCUGUUAUUGCAACAUUUAA